CGUGACGCGACGGCUGGGGGCUCCCGGCGCGGGGGACGCUGGUGGCCAAGAUGGCGGCGGAGCUGGUGGAAGCUAAAGCUAGCCUGGGUCUGUGAUUCCCUGAUUGGAGCGAUCCCCUGACUCCGGGAUGGCGUUCCCUGUUCCCUGCCACCACCCAGGUGCAUGCUUCAGGGUCCCGAACCAGCCCAAAUGAACAUGGUGAUGAGCUUCCGGGUCUCCGACCUGCAGAUGCUGCUGGGAUUUGUGGGCCGCAGCAAGAGCGGGCUGAAGCACGAGUUGGUCACCAGGGCGUUGCAGCUGGUACAGUUUGACUGCAGCCCUGAGCUUUUCAAGAAGAUUAAGGAGCUCUAUGAGACUCGCUAUGCGAAAAAGAGCUCAGAGCCUGGCCCACAGCCACACAGGCCCCUGGACCCUCUCACCGUGCACUCGGCCUAUGAGCGGGCCAGCGCCGUGCCCAGGACUCCCCUGUCGGGCCCCAAUAUUGACUAUCCCGUGCUCUACGGGAAGUACCUGAAUGGACUGGGACGUUUGCCCACUAAGACACUCAAACCUGAGGUCCGCCUGGUGAAGCUGCCCUUCUUUAACAUGCUGGAUGAGCUGCUGAAGCCCACCGAGUUAGUCCCACAGAAUAACGAGAAGCUGCAGGAGAGCCCCUGCAUCUUUGCGCUGACACCCAGGCAGGUGGAGCUGAUCCGGAACUCCAGAGAGCUGCAGCCUGGAGUCAAGGCCGUGCAGGUCGUCCUAAGAAUCUGUUAUUCAGACACCAGCUGUCCUCAGGAGGACCAGUACCCGCCCAACAUUGCUGUCAAGGUCAACCACAGCUACUGCUCAGUCCCGGGCUACUACCCCUCCAACAAGCCUGGAGUGGAGCCCAAGAGGCCCUGCCGCCCUAUCAACCUUACCCACCUCAUGUACCUGUCCUCCGCCACGAAUCGCAUCACCGUCACCUGGGGGAACUAUGGCAAGAGCUACUCAGCAGCACUGUACCUGGUGCGGCAGCUGACCUCAGCGGAGCUGCUGCAGAGGCUGGAGACCAUUGGCGUGAAGCAUCCGGAGCUGUGCAAGGCGCUGGUCAAAGACAAGCUGCGUCUGGAUCCUGACAGUGAGAUCGCCACCACUGGCGUGCGGGUCUCCCUUAUCUGUCCACUCGUGAAGAUGCGGCUCUCGGUGCCCUGCCGCGCGGAGACCUGCGCACACCUGCAGUGCUUCGAUGCGGUGUUCUACCUGCAGAUGAACGAGAAGAAGCCUACCUGGAUGUGCCCAGUGUGUGACAAACCAGCCCCUUACGACCAGCUCAUCAUUGAUGGGCUUCUGUCCAAGAUCCUGAGUGAGUGUGAGGACGCCGAUGAGAUCGAGUUCCUGGCUGAUGGCUCAUGGUGCCCCAUCCGAGCAGAGAAGGAGCGGAGCUGCAGCCCGCAGGGCCCCAUCCUGGUGCUGGGCACCUCGGAUACCAAUGGGCUGGUGCCCACCCCCAACGUCAAUGGUGGUGGCGGUGGCGUGGCACUAGGUGGCACAGGUGGCGGGGUGGGCCCAGUGGGCAGCGUGGAGAACGGGAAGCCGGGUGCUGAUGUGGUGGACCUCACGCUGGACAGCUCAUCAUCCGAAGAGGAGGAGGAAGAGGAGGAGGACGAGGACGAGGAGGAGGAGGAAGAGGGCCCCCGGCCCAAGCGCCGCUGCCCCUUGCCCAAGGGCCUGGUUCCGGCCUGCUGACCUGGCUGUGGCCACCGCCGCCAGACACAACUUUCCUGGUGCUCAGUGAGGAGGGCGGGCAGCCGGGCGCCAGGGGAGGGACUUGGCUUUUCUUCUCGUUGUCCGUUUGUUUCUGCACCCCUGUCCCUGGCUCCUGCCUCUGGACCUCUGGACUCUCCUCUCGGGGGGAUUAAAAAACAGUAAAAUGACAAAAAA